AUCUACAGCGACACGUACGGCCCCGGCUUGGGUUUCCGUAUGCCUCCCUCCUCCCCGCAGAAGAUGGUGGAUGUGCAGCCAGGGCAGAGCCCACACAGCCCCUACUCAGGCCCCCCCAGCCGCUCCUCACCCGUCCGGCAGUCCUUCCGCAAGGAUUCCUGCUCCUCCGUCUUCAUGGAUAGCCCCGUUGGGAAGCCACGCAAUCCCAGCUCCUCCGGCCCCCCAGAGCUGUUCCCUGGUCCUGGUGAGCGCCCACUCUCGGGGUUUGGGUCUCCUGGACCGGCCAAGGACACGGAAACGAGGGAGCGGAUGGAGGCGAUGGAGAAGCAGAUUGCCAGCCUGACAGGGCUGGUGCAGAGUGCACUGCUCCGCGGCUCCGAGGCUGAGACCCCCAGCGAGAAGACAGAAGCCACCAACGGUGGGACCCCCCCAUCAGCGUGUAAGUCGACCAGCCGCAGUGGCAUGGGGACACCAGUGCCUGCCCCACCACCACCCUCUGCCACCAGCACACCUGCAGGACAGCCCACGGCCAUCACCCGCCUGCACAUGCAGCUGCACCUGCACGACCUGCAGCAGAAUGCCAGCGACCUCCGCAACCAGCUGCAGCAGCUCAAGAAGCUGCAGCUGCAGAACCAGGAGACAGUGAAGACGAUGCUGCGGCGGACGGAGACGGAGAUCAGCGUGCGCGUGACCGACACCAUGCGCAAACACGAGGACCCACUGCAGCGCCAGCGCAGCUUGGUGGAGGAGGAGAGGCUCCGUUACCUCAACGAGGAGGAGCUGAUCACCCAACAGCUCAAUGACCUGGAGAAGUCUGUGGAGAAGAUCCAGAAGGAUUUGGCCCACAACCACCGGCUGAUCCCUGUGCAGGAGCUGGAGGAGAAGGCAGUGGUGCUCAAGCAGCUGGGGGAGACAUUGACAGACCUGAAGGCCCAGUUCCCCAGCCUGCAGAGCAAGAUGCGGGUGGUGCUACGGGUGGAGGUGGAAGCUGUCAAGUUCCUCAAGGAGGAGCCGAAUCGCCUCGAUGGGUUGCUCAAGCGCUGUAAGACGGUGACAGACACCCUCGCCCAGAUCCGCAGGCAAGUGGACGAGGGUGUGUGGACCUCCCCCAGCAGCCUGAGCCAGUCCCCAAAGAAGGUGGCCCCCGAGACAGACUUCAGCAAAGGGCUGGAUUUGGAGAUGCCCACCAGCCCCCCUGUGAGCCUCCACCACCUGACAGCUGCCACGGAGACCCUGGGCAUGCCCAGCUUUGGGCACAGCCCCCCCCAGACCCAAACUCACCCCUCCAAGAGCAAUAACCCUUCCCGAGCUCCGGAGAUGGCUGCGGAGCGCGACUGGGAGGAGAAACGGGCAGCACUGACCCAGUACAGUGCCAAGGACAUCAACCGGCUCCUGGAGGAGACACAAGCCGAGCUGAUGAAGGCCAUUCCCGACCUGGAAUUCGCUGCCAAGCACAAACAAGCCACCGGCGGCAGCAGCAGCGCUGCCUGCACGCCCGAGCACAAACCCUCCAAGCCGCAGCAUGCGCCGAAAUCGGGGGGCAAAGGGGACCCCAACGGCCGCAGGGGCUCAGAUGAGCUGACGGUGCCGCGGUACCGGACCGAGAAACCCUCCAAAUCACCUCCACCUCCCCCUCCACGCCGGAGCUUCCCCUCGUCCCAUGGGCUCACCACCACCCGCAGCGGAGAGGUCAUUGUCACCAGCAAGAAGGAGCCUGGGUUUAUGAAGAAGGCUGAGUCGGAGGAGCUGGAGACGCAGAAGCCACAGGUGAAGCUGAGAAGGACAGUGUCAGAGGUGGUCAGACCAGCAUCCACCCCCCCCAUCAUCGCCUCUGCCAUCAAAGAUGAUGAUGAUGAGGACAGAAUCAUCGCAGAGCUGGAGAGUGGUGGUGUUUCCAUCCCGGCCAUGAAGGUGGUGAAUCCUGCAUCCAGGCUGAAGCAGAGCCAGCAGGGCAGCCCAGACAAGAGCAAGCACAUAAAGCAGCGGAUGGAGUACAUGAGGAUCCAGGGCCAGCAGCAGGCCACUAGACCAUCUAAAGAGGCCAGUGAGACUUCCCCCACAGUCUCAGAAAAACCUGCAUCUGGCAGAACAUCCAUCCCCGUAUUGACUUCCUUUGGGGCAAGGAACUCCUCCAUCUCAUUCUGA